GUUGAUGAUAUCUCAAGUCAUACAAAAAUUUGAUUCAUUGAUAGAUAUGCUAAGGCGGCAGAUGGUCGCUCGUGGCUAUGAAAAUCGAAUCCAAGAAGCGCGGGUAUGUCAAGCUUGUAUUGGAUUAAUCCCUUUAUGCCAACGCAAGAUUUAGAGAAACUUACUAGAGCGGCCUGAUAUGAGUAUUCCGAUAAUUCCAAUCCUCACACCUUUAGACUAUGAAUGGAAAUAUAUAUCACCCCCUUGUUAUUAUUCAGGGACUGGUCCUGUGGUAAAACCCGUUACAAAUAAUGUAUCGCCUCCUUCUAAUACCUCUGUUGGCAACCCGGAUAUUUCCAUAGACGCUAGACUCAAAGACGCUAGACUCAAGCUUAAACUUGAUAUCCUAAAAUGUAUAGGACAAUCACUGAAGGACCCUGAUCAGACGGAGGUGAUAAGACUAAGAUUGAAGUUCGACCAGCUACAAGUUGGGAUGGCAGAAACAGAUUCUCGAAUAGAAAGGAUGAGAACUGAAACCUUGAGAGUUGAACGAGCAGAAUUAGAAGCAGAAUUGACAAAAGCGAGAGCUGAAUUAGCAUCAAUAGACGCAAUAUUGGCCUCUGAUGAGCCGGACGACGGCGAGUUGGGCGAGGAUGAAAUGGACGAGAACGAAACGAAUGAGGACGAUGUAUCGGGAGAGAAUGGGAGGGAAGAGAAUAAGAAGGGAGAGAACAAACCGGACGAGGACGAAACGGAGGGCGAAAUAGAGGAUCACAAAAUUGGCGAGUACAUAAAGGAAGAGGGUGAAAUUCUGGACGAAAUGGAAGACAAAAAAAUGGAUAAGUAUGGAAUGGAGAAUCACAAAACGAACCAGCAUAAAAGGGACGAGGAUCAGAGGAGGAACAAAGACUAUGAUAAGAAAGAAAUCCUUGCUAGUUCGUUCAGGGAAGCCAUUCGGAAAGAAUUGGAUGACGAACUCGAGAAAGUAUUUAGGAAGAACCAGGAACUCGACUUGCAGGAGAAUAUGGACGGACAUUCGCCUAAAAAACGCAAAUUCGCGUAUCAAGAAAAACAAUACGACACAUCAAACCCUGUUCCAUCUUCGCCAGAUGUGAAAUCUGGCAGCUCAAAAAUAGCGUGGAUAGACACGGUACCUUUACUAAAAGAGCUGAACACACACCUGGCAGGGUAUAAGUUGAGUAGUUCAGCAGAGGAGAUAAUGGACAUUCGAUCUUGGAUUGACAAGAGUUUCGAUAGUGGAAUGAGAAGACUACUGCGAAACCAGCCUAUUGCCGAUAUACUAGCUUCAUGGGACAAUAGAUACGAAGAGGAGGGACUGAAUAAUAUUCUUAGGUCAGUUGUGCUAGUAUACGAUUCGAUUGAAGAUUUACACACGCUGCGUGCGCACUAUGAUCGAAUUCUCGGCGAAGCGGUGCUCUCAUUAUAUUCUAGAGCGAAAGCACGAGACUGGGGGAGGAAGGAUCACGAAAAGGAUUUUGGAAAAUUGGUUCUGUAG